UUGGCGGCCAGGCCCGUGGCGAGGUGGGGAGUGCUGGCGCGGCGUUUAGCGUUGCCCGGCACUGCGGAAAACGCUUGCUCAGAAGAAAUGCCCAGGACAGGGAUGUGAAACUUGGCCAGGGUCCCGGCAAGGGGGCUGGUCUUUCCAAGAGGCCUGUCCUGGCCUCCUUCAGCCACCAACUUCCUCCUGGCUGGUGUCGCAGCCAGAGCUCUGACAAGCCAGUCAGCAGCCCCACCGCAGCAGAGCCCUCCGGAGAGCGCGGGAGCCAGCGCCCGGCCCCAGAGAGGACAAUGAUGGUCAAGAACGUCUGGGAACCAGUGGGCCUGGGCCUAGCCCUUCUCCUCCUGACGCUGGAAACCUCCGUGACAGGCAGUGCUUCCCACAGCUGCUAUGGGACCCCUGGGCUGCCUGGCACGCCUGGCAUGCCUGGCAAGGAUGGCAGAGAUGGGAUGAAAGGAGUCAAAGGCGAACCAGGCAUUCCGGCCAUUCCUGGAACCCGAGGGCCCAAGGGGGAGGAAGGAGACCCCGGCAGCCCUGGCCCGCCAGGAAAAACUGGUCCCAUGGGUCCCCCUGGCACCCGGGGAGAUCCGGGCGACCAAGGCCAGCCUGGAGGGCCCGGCAUGCCUGGUAAUUACAAGCAGAAGCACCAGUCAGCCUUCUCAGUAGCGAGGCGGACCGGGCAGUACCCGGACAAGAACGCCCCUGUGGUGUUCAACCACGCCAUCACCAACCUCAACCAGGACUACAACAUCACCUCGGGCAAGUUCACGUGCCGCGUGCCCGGCCUCUACUACUUCAUCUUCCACACCUCCCAGACUGCCAACCUCUGCGUCAACAUGUACAAGAACCGGCAGAAGGUGGCCAGCUUCUGCGACCACAUGUCCAACAGCAAGCAGGUCAGCUCCGGGGGCCUCCUGCUGCGCAUGGACGCCGGGGACCAGCUCUGGCUGGCAGUCAAUGAUUACAACGGCAUGGUGGGCAUCGCUGGCUCCGACAGUGUCUUUUCCGGCUUCCUGCUCUUCCCAGACUAGGCAGGCCAGACCAGCUCUGGCACGCGCUGGCUGAUCCCAGCCUCUCUCUGCCCUCUAACAUGCACGCUGGCUCUCUCCCUGCAUCGCAGCACCUCACAGUGGGGCACAAGGGAAUCGCACGCCCGGGGCCCUCUGCACAGGGCCACUGCUUGCAUCAGCUUGGCUAGGGCUGAGGCAGGGCCUGUUGGCUGCAGUCCUGUCCCUGUCGGGACCCCGUGGCCACCCAGACUCCAACCAAAAACUAACCGGGGCCGAGCGGUUUUUCACAUGUGUUUUUGAGACAGAGUCACCAAGUGUAAGGGAGGGGGUUGUCUGGCUGCGUCCCUGCCUGGCGAGAACCACGGUGGCCCCACUGUCCCCGCUCUCCCCAGCCACUCUGCGCUCUCUACACAGUACAGGGUCUAGCUGCUGCAUGCACUAACCCCCGCUGCUUCACGCUGCUCACACCCAGAGGGCCAAAGCCAGCCCUGGGUCUCCCCACUGCCCCCAGCGAGUCGCGCCAGGGACGGGCUCAUCCCAGAAAAUCUGGAAAGGGAACUGGGCCAUGAGCUUCUGUCAAAAACAUCAAUAAAUCCCCACUCUGUGGCA